GGGCUUGUGCAGUCUUCAUUAGGGUAUAUACCAUAUGCUAUGUUGUCCCGAAAUUCCGUGGUCACUUAAUAAAGAUCUCGGACAAUUUUAAAAGUAAAGGAUUUCCCCUGAACAGGAGUUGACACCGAUCGAUAAGACACAGCCUAAUCAAUCACUUCCUUGAUGUAAACCUAGGGUCGUCGUUGUGGCCAUUGCAACCACCUGUCGAAGCUGCUUCACCAUAUUUGAGAAGAAUUUUACAGGAAUCGACGUACACUGACUGAAGCAUAUUGAACACUCGAAGGACAGAAAUGGCGGACGAGAAUGGGGAAUUUGAAUUAAAAGUUACCGAUGAAAUGAUAAGCAGCAUACGCAGCUCAUUCGAUGCAUACGAUGAAGACAAAAAGGGGUAUAUCUCUACAAAACGGCUUGGAGACGUCAUGAGGAACUUUGGGCACAACCUGAGGCAUGUUGAACUUCGGGAAUUGAUUGCAGAGGUGGAUAGCGAUGGUAGUGGGACAAUAGACUUCGACGAAUUCCUUCCGCUGAUGCUGGAGAAAAUGCGAGAAAAGUUCGAAGAGACUUGGUACAAGGAUUUGUUUAGGGUGUUGGAUAAGAAAAACAAAGGUUACAUUCCAUGUGAAUAUCUAAGACACAUUCUGGACAAAAUGAAAGGUGAACUUGAACUAUCUGAUGAGGAAGUGGACGAACUGAUUGCCGAGGUAGAUGAUGAUGGUAACGGUCAAGUAAGCUUUGAAGAGUUUUAUAACCUGAUGAAAUCUUAGUGGACAGUUCCUGUUACUGGAUCUAAAUAAACGCCUAAAUAUUUUAUGGACAAUUAUUUACCCCUUUGAUAUUAUUAAAAUGCCGGAUUCAAAAUUGUAGCUUAUUGCUACUCAAUAUUGGCACCUUGUAAGUCGAUUUGUCAGCCAUCGGGCGACCCUUCAUCGUCAAAGCACGGAAUAUUGCCAAGAUGGAAUAUCUAAGGUUGCCCGUAUCGGAUUUUGCUGCCAAUGCGUUCACACAGCUGUUCAACUUACAUAGUCUAGUUACUCUAACUGAUUUUCACUUUUCAGGGUCCAAAUACUUGUAUAAUGUAUUGCACAACGUACAUGUAUACAUGUAUAACAGAGUCGUCCGGAGCUUGUAGCAUUCCAUGAUCGUCCAUCUUUGUCUAUAUUCGUAUAUAAUCGUGUACAUUUUUUUUUCAAUUGUAAAAUAAAGUCUUCACCAACCUCAAAAUGAAUAACGCGAA